AUGUUGAAAAUCCACCGACCUAGCAUUGACCAUCCAUUUGGACUGGAUCUGUGGUAUUUGUUUGAACAAUUAAGCAUCCGUACCACAGGAUGGAAUCCUUCAGAAUUUGAGUUCAUUCCAGGACAGACACCUUUAUCUCAAUGGUCAAGUGUCAUUGCAUCAAUUACUUUGUAUUAUGUGAUUAUCUUGGGCGGACAAGCGUUCAUGAAGAACCAAAAGCCCGUCAAACAACGUCGUUUGUUUCAAUUGCACAAUUUACUCUUGACUGUCGUUAGCGGCGGUUUGCUUGUUCUCAUGUUUGAGCAAGUGUUUCCUAUGUAUGUUCGCCAUGGCCUUUACUUCUGUGUUUGUAACUCUCGUCACUUUACUCAAAAACUUAUCACCCUUUACUACUUGAACUACAUGACAAAGUACCUUGAACUUCUCGAUACCGUCUUCUUGUUCUUGAAGAAGAAGCCCCUUGCUUUCUUGCACUGCUACCAUCACGGUGUGACCGCUUUGCUUUGUUUUACUCAGCUUUUGGGCCGUACCUCCGUUCAAUGGGUUGUCAUUAGCUUGAAUUUGUACGUUCACGUUAUCAUGUACAGUUAUUAUUUCUUAGCUGCUUGUGGACGCAGAGUUUGGUGGAAGCAGUGGGUUACCCGUGUUCAAAUUAUCCAAUUCGUCGUUGACCUUGUCCUUUGCUACUUUGGAACUUAUACCCACGUUGCUUACCACUUCUUCCCUUGGAUGCCCCACACAGGCGACUGCUCCGGCUCCUUGUUUGCUGCCAUUUUUGGCUGUGGUGUUCUUUCUUCUUAUUUGGUGUUAUUUAUUGGCUUUUACGCGAAUACUUACAUUAAGCGCGGUGCUAGAAAGAACGCUAAAAAAGCCGCCGGGAAGCCUGAUGAUACCAAGGCUUUGCCUUCUGCCUCUAAGGAAGCUUUGGCUGCUACUACUGCAUCCAAUUCUUCUCCUUUUACCGCUCGCUCCCGUAAGCUUUAG